UUACUUCUCAAACACUAUGGUCUGCUGAUGAUCAACAGCUGGUGAUACUACCUCUGGGUGGCAUCAAACAAGAUGGAACCAACCCCAGGCAGCAUCCGACAUAUGGCAGGAACAAUGACAUUACAUUUCCAAACCCACUAAAUCCGAAUCAAGAUCGUCUACGUGUAUCUGGGAUGGAUUUGUCCACUCAUGGGUGGUCAGGGAUGACUUCGUUUCAAGGAGCUCAGGCGUACCAGACCUGAAGUCACCAGUAAGCGGAGUUCGGUGACGCGCGUGUCAUCUGUUCCCUGAGUACUCCGAGUCAGGGGUGACAUCAACACAGACGGCGGCGGAGCACUGAAUGAGGUCAGCUCACCGAGCGCGGCAGAGUCGGCUGUGACGUCACUACGCGGCUUGCCGCGAGCUCGCGCUGCAGGAACGCUGCAGUCCCGCCGCCACCAUCACCGCCGUCGACGAAAGGAGGCUACCUUGCGGUGAGGUGACACACCGCACUCCCUUUGUCGUAGCGGCGGAUUCUAGUCACUGCUUUGCAGCAAAACCCGACGCGGUACCGACUCGGGGUGAGAAGGCCGUCUAGCAAGAAGCGACGAUGCUUUUGUUUUUCCACGAGGAGCACUAAAUAGCGGAGGCUGCAGUGCGGCGGACGUCCUGGCCAUGGGAGCCCUGACUAGUAGGCAGAAUGCCGGCGUGGAAGAGUUGGACAUCCCAUCCAAUUCCGUCUACAGAUACCCUCCAAAAUCUGGGAGCUAUUUUGCCAGUCACUUCAUCAUGGGUGGGGAAAAAUUUGACUCGACACAUCCAGAGGGAUAUCUCUUUGGAGAGAACACUGACCUCAACUUCCUGGGCAACAGACCAGUGACGUUCCCCUACGCAGCCCCACCUCCUCAAGAACCAGUUAAAACUCUCAGGAGCCUCAUCAACAUUCGCAAGGACACCUUGCGCCUUGUCAGGUGUAGUGAAGAGGUUAAAACUCCACGAGAAGAAGCUGGCAGGAGUCGAAUGUGUUAUAAUGUGGAGUUCACAUUUGAUGCAGAUGCCCAGGUGGCCAUCACCAUUUACUAUCAGGCUAUUGAAGAGUUCCACAAUGGCAUGACAACCUACAUCCCCCAGGACAGCUCUCUGCAGUCUGAAACUGUGCACUUCAAGAGAGGUGUCUGCCAGCAGUUCUGUCUGCCAUCACACACUGUCAUUUUGUCCGAGUGGAGUGAAGAAGAGCUGCUAUUUGACAUGGACAGGGAUGUUUAUCCUAUGGUGGUACAGGCUGUGGUUGAUGAAGGUGAAGAUCACCUUGGGCAUUCCCAUGUACUACUGGCCACAUUUGAAAAGCACAUGGAUGGAAGCUACUGUGUGAAGCCACUGAAACAAAAGCAAGUGGUUGAUGGAGUCAGCUACCUUCUUCAGGAGAUAUAUGGAAUUGAGAACAAGUAUAACACACAAGAAUCAAAGGUGGCAGAUGAUGAGAUAAGUGAUAACAGCGCAGAGUGUGUUGUGUGCCUGUCAGACGUGCGUGAUACCCUCAUUCUUCCUUGCCGGCAUCUCUGUUUGUGCAAUGCGUGUGCUGAUACUCUUCGCUACCAGGCUAACUGCUGCCCAAUCUGCAGACUGCCAUUCCGAGCCUUGCUGCAGAUCCGGGCGAUGAGAAAGAAGUCAAGCCCCUUGUCACCAACUGGAUUCAACCCUAUCAUUGCAUCUCAGACCUCAGACUCCGAGGAGCACUCGACAUCUGAGCACAUUCCUCCAGGUUUUGAAGCAGUGUCUCUGCUAGAGGCUCUCAACGGCCCACUAACACCUUCUCCUUCAGCUCCUCCUCUGCACAGCCUCACUGACGGCCACAUCUCUGGGAUGCUACCGUCCUAUGCAAGUGAUGGUCAUGGCUUGCCAACGAGAGGUCUUUCUCCACUGAACUGCAGUAGUGACAGCAGUCAGGCUUUCAAACUGAAGAAAGACUUUUCUGAGUCUGUAUCCCAGAAUUCCUCUGUUCUGCCUGAAGAGGACGAUGAAAAGUCAAGCAGUGAGUCAGACAUGAGAGCAUGUCACAGGAAACCUACUGAUGACCAAGUGGAGGACCGUGGAUUUACCCCAGAGAGCGAGAACCUCACUCUUUCUUCAUCUGGAGCCAUUGAUCGGUCUUCUUGUACAGGAACCCCUCUCUCUUCCACCAUUACUUCGCCUGAAGAUCCAGUGAGCAGCAGCUUGGCUCAGUCUGUGAUGUCAAUGGCUUCAUCGCAAAGCCAGCAGUCCCAACUGAGCACUGACACCCUCUCCUCUAUGUCAGGUGGAGCUGAGGGGGAGCAAGUUGAGACCCCCGUGGAGAGUAGAGCACCGUCUCAAGAAGAGCAGCACACCCCAGAGGAGAACCAGGAUCUGGAGUUUCUAGAAAUUGUCUCCGAGGACCAAGACUCUGAGGGAAACGACAUCCCUGAAGUGGAGCAUGCAUGUCCUGCAGAGGAUGAGGGUGGGAGGAGGAGGAGGAGGAGGAGAAGGAGCACGAGUGAGGCCCCUUGCCUCGAGUAUGACAAUAACAAUCAGGGCCUGGCGCACAGCUUGACAGGGUUGGACAAUGAGCCCUGCAUCCCCGGGUUGGAAUCCAGGGAGGAGUACAGGGCAGAUCAGGGGCGACUGAGGAGCCUCAUCUCCACAAGCAACAUAGACCUGGAAGAAGAUGAAGAUGAGGAGGAAGGCAGACCCCUGCAGUUGCUUCACUGUGGGUCACUGGCGGUCUGAAUGUGCACUAUAUUGACUGACGCUAAACCACCCAUCCUCCUGAAGCUGAGGAGCCUGGUGCCGGAUUCCCUUUUUCAAUUUUCAGAAAAGAUGUGCAGGUCUGGUCAUGAGUGCUGUUGCCUUGUUUCUGGGCGAACAGGCCAAUGUUGUUAGGCUCCCUUUGCUUUUGGCCUGGCCUGCGGUAUGUCAAUUGUCCUGAGUGACAGAUGGCGGAAACGCAGCCAGUUGCCUUUCAUUUCUUCUUGUUUUUUGUUGUGUUUGCAUCAGUGGUGUUGCAUUCUGCCCCAUCAGAACAGGCCUGAGAUGGCUGCAGCACGUGGACAAGCAAAACUCACACUGGUGUGGUUUCUCUCGUGAGGCAGGCAAGUGGAUGAGCGGUAGGCUGGCAUGCUGCUUUGUCUGACUGAGCAGACACCACUGAAGGGUCCCUGUACCUCCCUCCGCUGGAGCCUGCUGCUUUCUGAGAUUCUGGUUACUUAAACAUGUUGACCUUCUGAAUUCUGGGAAAGAGAAAAGGGGAAUAUGAAUCAUGGAACGGUGCCAUUAUGAUAUAUGUUGUUUUCAAUGCACUGGAGUCCACAUCACAAUACUGAAAACAUCGUGGAGGUGGCUGUAAGGACACUGAAUGUUUAGCAUCCGUCUAUUCGGCCAGUUGAGGUGAAACUUAAUGAGGUUUAUUCAGUUUUCAGGACACACUGCUAGAAGUUCAAGUCCAAAGUGUGACGACACGGCAGGUGCUCAGAGGUUGCAAUGCCUGGCAGAAACUUCACACUCAUUACAGGAGCUACAAAGCCAGAGGUAGGCAAACUCGGUCUCGGAGAGCGCACUGGGCUGUCAAUUUUCAUUCCAGUUGGUCCGAGGAUGUAAACAGAGUUUGUAAAUCAGAGCACUGAACUGCUUGUUUGGAAAGCAGUAAUGAAUAAAUGGGGCCAAACCCAUCAUCAUCUCAAAGGGAGUUUUUAUUGUGAAUGAAUCUGGCAGCUAAGCCCGAGACCAAGUUUGCCCAUCCUGGUGCUAAGCUACCUCUGAUGCAGCAGCCAUACUGUAUGUCAGUGCAGGCACUUCCAGCUCCAGGGUCUUGGGUUGUGGCGAGUCCCUAAUAUAUCCAUUCUACAUUAAACCCACCAUGCAAAGCAUGUUUGCUUAUAUUAAUUUAAAGGAAUACUUGCCCAGAAAUUAUUUUUUAUGUUACUUACCCUUAUGGUUUGUAAUGAUGGUGAAAAACAUUUUGUCUCCCAUUUCCAUGGAAAACCAAGAUACCAUGGUUUAUGACAGGAGUAAAUGGUGACCAGCAUCGGACAACAGCAAACAAAAUCAAAAUGUCCUCAAUAAAUUCUCACAUCAUUUGUGCUGCAUAAUCCACAUGUUUGAUUGUCUAGUCAAAUGCUCACAACGUCCCAAACACAUUCCUAUUAGAAAACGCUCUCGGUCACACUCAAACAUUUGAAUUGAAGGCGCACCUCCCCUUGUCUCAUUUACACUGCGUUUAUAUCCACUAAUGGAGUACCUCUGGGAUAUUGAGUGCAGCCUGGGAAACUGACUGGGUGAACUGGUAAAGCAUCUGAGAUGUCUACAAGUCUGAGGCAGGCUCUCUUCUUGUUUGUCUUUGACGUUUAAUCUUUAGUUAUACACGUCUCUCUCUCCACAGACUCCGCACUACUGCUAGCCAAUGAUUAAGCACUUACUGGGCUGGACUCGUGACCACCAAUGGGGGAGUUUGGGGGGCUUCAAUUCAAAUACUCGUUCACAUCGGGGUGCCUUGUGCUUUAGUUCAUGACAGUGACUUCCGGAAGUGACUUGUUUAACAAUACUUUAGUAAAAAUACAUGGGUUUGGGAUGACUUGACCAUGCAGAUCAUGCAACUCAAGUAUCGUGAGGUUUUUAAGGACUUUUUAAUAUUGCUUACUUUUGUUCACGGUUGGUCACCAUAGAGGCGUCAUAUUCCACCAUAAACUUUAUCUGUGUUCUCCAUGAAAGCAGGAGAUUAAAAAUUCCUUGGCCAUCACUUCAAACUACACAGGGUAAGUCGUACACAGUAAACACUGGGUGGAGUAUUCCUUUAACCUGAAGGCUCCGUGUGCCACAUUACUGCCAGCAUUGAAUUUAAAUGAAAGCUUAAUGAACCACACUGCUGCUGCUAAUCAUUUAGAAUCAUCCAUUACUUGUUUUCUUUUUAAUUUUCAUCCCUGCUGCUGCUUUUAUUUCAACUUGAAAUCCACACAUCACACUGCUGAUGUUACCCAUUGCAACAGAUCUCACCCACAAUCCUGAUGAUUUUCUCCUUAACGGGAGCCCUCGUCGAUCACAUUGUGUGCCGUUUUCAUUCAAACUGAACCCUUCAUGUAGUACACUUUAAGCUUACUUUCAUUCUAACUGAACCCAGCAUACCAGAGGUCUUCUGGUCUUCAUUUUAUUUACGGCUUGCCUUUAGCACAUUUCUUACGCAGGUGAAAACUGUCGUGCCGCAGUGUUGCCUCCCUUAUGUAUUACGUGGCUGCUGAUCUUUCUCACUGAACCUUUCCGUUAGCACAGAGUUCUCUGAUUUUCAUAUCCAAACUCUUCCCCACGCUACUUCUGAUUUUCAUUCUGACUAAAGCUCUCACGGCACAGCCAUACUUGUGCCAGUGUUUAUGUGGGUGUGUGCCGUGCCCACUUUAAUUUAAUGCUGGCAAGACAUGGAUGGAGCUGCAGCAAGUGCUGCUAAUGUUCAUUCUUACCUGAACCUUCAUGUGUUGCUUAUUUUCAUAUAAACUGCAGUCUUUCCCUGUUGAUUUUCAUUCAAACUGAAGCCCUUGUGUGCUACACUGCCAUCGAUGUUCAUGCCAGCUGAGACCCUCGUCCUACAUUGCUGUUGCUACACUUCCAUCCUGUUAUAGUUUGCCAAUAAAAGAACAAACUAAGAUGAAUGGAGGUGACCAGGAGAAGAAAUAUCACAAAAA